AUGCCGGAGGCAAAGGUGGAAGAGGAAUGCACUCCGCCUUCCACCGCAAGGGGUGCUGUGGGCAGCCUAGCUGCACUGCUCCAGCCAGCUCUUGGUGUUGGAAAUGUUAUGCAGAGCGUCGUUGCGCAGCAGCAACGUCUUGUUCACGAUAUUGAGGCAUUGAGUGCGGAGCUACAGGAGGCUCAAAAGCAUUUUGAUGCCCUCAACGAGUCUCAGCGCCGCAAAUUAGACCUGUACAGCGCCAGGGUCGCGCGAUGUCGUUCGAAAGCGGCGGUUUUGUUUCGACAACUCUCAACAAUAAAGGAACGACUUUUGCGUGUGCAUAGUGUCCUUUUGCAGCGACGGGCGAAUCAGUCGACAGAAAACGUGGUGCAGAAGGAGGAGUUGGCCCCCACUGCCUCCGCACAGGAGAACGUGGCCGGAGCUUUUCCUGCUGCCGAGGGGGUGGAGAAGCAAUACGAUGACGUCGUUCCCGCAGCCGAAGUGGGAAACACAUGA